AUGUCUGAGUUUUGGAAAAAUGACUUGUCAUACAAGAACGAGGGGAAUCUCAACUUGUAUGAAAGACAAUCAGAUACACCUUGUAUUUCUAAUUUGACCUCAUACAUUAGUCUUGGACACAGGAAUCAAAGCAAGAUGGAGACUUUUCAAAAAGUAGGAUUAAGAUACCUUUCACAUGAAGAUGUUAUAUACUGGCAGAUCUGGGAGCCAUUUACAAGUAAAUUAACCAGAAAUCAAGACUUUGUAAUAAAUCUGCAAAGCAAGAAGUCUGAGUUGCCAACACAGGGUGAUUCCUCCUGUCAGGUGUGGGCAGGAGAAUCUCAGGUUAUUGAAGAUGAGAACUGUGUGAUAAAGCUUCAAGGGGAGAGUUCCAAUACUAUCAAAAGUCAAGAGUUUCCAAUUAAGACUACUUGGGAUUUCUGGAAGAAAAUCUACCUGAGAGAGUCACACAAUGAUCAGAAUAGGUGUCAGCAAAUUGAUGUAAAAAAUAAACCAUCUAAGUGUGACCAUUGUGUUAUGAGAAGGAUCUCUCAACAUUACGAUGAUCAGGAAGCACACAACAGCGAGAAGGCUUAUAACCACAAUAGUUGUGGAAAAGAGUUCCUGAGGAAAUCGUUCCAACAUAGUAUAACCCACUCAGGAGAGAAACACCAUGUAUGUAGUGAGUGUGGGGAGGACAUCAACAACAGUUCAGUGCUUUGCAUUUGUCAGAGCGUUCAUGCAGGGGAGAAAUGAGGUAGGAAUGGUGAGUGUGGUGAGGGCUUCAGUCACUCAUACCUGCAAAAUCAUCAGGGAAUCAACACAGGAGAGAAGCCCUACAAAUGUCAGGUGUAGGCUAGGGGCUUCAGUCAGAACUCCUGUCUUCCCACCCAUGAGUUCCUUCAACCAGGAGACAAUCUGUAUAGGUGUGACAUGUGUGGGAAGGGCUCGAGUCGUAGCCCAGAUCUUAACAUUUGCUGUAUCAAUGACACUGGAGAGAAAUCCUCUAAAUGUGAGAUGUGUGAUAAAGGCUUCAAUCAGGCAUCACAACUUCAAGCCUAUCAGAGCCACCCCCCGCUCCUAGAGAAAAAAACAUACAAAUGGGAGGCAUGCGACAGGCUAGUUAAUCAGAAUCCUGGUCCUCAUCAGAGAGUUAGCACUGGAGAGAAACCAUAUAAGUGUGAGGUAUGUGGGAAGGACUUCAGUAAGGCCUCAAAUCUUCAAGUCCAUCAGAGAAUCCACACUGGAGAGAAGACAUAUAAAUAUGGUAUGUGUGAUAAGAACUUCAGCCUGAAUUCCCACCUUCAGGCCCAUCAGAGAGUUCACACUGGAGAAAGACCAUAUAAGUGUGACACAUGUGGUAAGUACUUCACUCAGAUUUCCCAUCUUCAGGUCCAUCAGAGAGUCCAUACAGGAGAGAAGCCAUACAAAUGUGAGACGUGUGGUAAGGGCUUUUGUCAGAGUUCACAUCUUCAAGCCCAUCAGAGAGUCCAUACAGGGGAGAAACCCUACAAAUGUGAAGAAUGUGGGAAAGGCUUCAUCUGGAACUCCUAUCUUCAUGUUCGUCAGAAUCACACAGUUGAGAAACCCUAUAAAUGUGGCAUGUGUGGUAAGACCUCAUAUCUUCAAGCCCAUUGGAGAGUCCAUACGGGAGAUAAACCCUACAAAUGUUUUGACUGUGGUAAUGGCUUUAGUAAAAGUUCACGUCUUCAAGUUCGUUAG